AUGUCAGAGAAAUACGACCUCGUCAUCAUCGUGGCCAGAAGCGCGAUUGAUGACGGAAGGGAGACCGACGAGAGCCUACGGACAAGCCUGGAAUACACCAAGUUAUGCUACGAACAAGCCUACGGCCAAAUAACCGGUCAAUACGAGUUUCAUACUUUUGCCUGGCCAUCAUAUGUCGAGCUUCCUGCUUCAGGAGAGACCGUUCAGUUCUUCGCUCGUCGCACUGAAACAUUGGCGAUCACCAACAGGCAAAUGAUGGUGGUACUUAACGGCUGGGACGGACUGACCUCGAACGGGGUGACUUUCAACACUUUGUUCAGGCAUAACGCCUCGCGCAUCACACUCCGUGUCUUUGCCGAUCAGCCUCGGUGCUUCUAUCGGGUCAACGUGGAACAGAUCUUCCAGCUUUUCGACGGCAAGAUUGUCAUCAACCCCUUUCUCAAUGGGAUACCUCACGAGCCUUUGGAUGAAGAAAUCACAGCAAUUCUUGAUCACGGGGAGAGACAACUACAAUAUUCCACGGCUCUCUUUUACCGCUAUUUUAGGGCGUUUGGAGUCCUCAAAAUCAACUAA